AUGGAAAUUUUCCCAUCCAUAUGCUUUGAUUACUAUGAAUGUUUGGAUGCAGGAGAAUUUGAAAGACAUGAAGAAUUUGAUGGGGAAAAAAGUGACGGGGAAAUCAGUGAAGAAGAGUCUGAUGACAAUAAUGAUGAGGGUGAGAGUGAGGAUUGGGAUGAUAAUGAUGACUCCGAUUCUUUAAGUGAUGAUGAGUACCAGGACUGGGAUGACAGUGACUAUCAGGGGCCUUUGAAUAAUGAUGAAGAUGAUGAGUCAAGAUAUUAUUCACCCAGAGAUUCUGGAGGAUAUUCUGUGUAUGCAAUUGGUGAAGACAACCCGAUGAUUGACCGCACAGAUGCUAUCCAAUCAACACUCACGAUCCACAUAAAAGGAGAUGAGCCAGCAUCAGAUUCAAAAGAUAGUGAAGGAUAUGAGAUCACUUUGAAGGGAAAGCAAACCUUAUAG